ACCAGCAACAGCUUCAGCUUCGACUCGAAACCAACAAACCAGCCUCUCCAUUCAACCAUUGUGUCUUGUUUUGACGACAUCUCCACUCACAGUCAACUUUGAAGACCCCAAGUGUACACAUCUUUGAGACCAACUCUCCUCACAAACACACAACUCCACCACACAAACAUCACCACCAAACAUCACCAUGUCUGCCUUUGUCGCCCGCUCUGCCCUCCGCGCCACGCAGCGCAGGCAAUUCUCCCUCCUCACCAACAUGCGCAACAUGGCCCGCACCUUUGAGCCUCAUCCCUUCCAGAGGAUGACGACCGCUCAAGCGGCGAAGCCAGACUACUCCAAGAUGUUCAAGAACCGCGUCUUCAACGCUACCAUCUAUGUUCCCAUGAUGUGCGCCAUGCUCGGCUGGCCCUACGCUGCCGCCAUGAUCGUGGACGGCCGCGUCUGAGCUGCUCUGUCGCGACAGUUUCGCAUUGUCAAAGACGCCGGGAAGAGGAGAAUAAUACAUUCAUCUUCUUGCGAUGGCCUGGGACAGCCAGGAACAUGGCUGUUCAUUUUUCUUUUUUUGUUGACACAUGCAAAGCUACCGCUGAAUACCACAUUUGUACAUACAGCAAACAUUCUGCAUAGAAGAAGGCGUUUAGGGAUGGGAGCAGUCGCUCGAUUUGGGAUUCCGGAUCAAUCAAUUUCCUUUAAAAA